AUGCUUGAGUUUGAGGCCGGUGUCAGCUUCUUCAAUCUAGCCUGCAACAUCUUUCGUGAUGUUGAAGAUUUUAGCUGGGAAAGCGUGCAGUGUCUCCUGCUCAUUGCUCUUUGUAACUCAUCCAAACUCAGAGUUUACGACCAUUGGCGUUUCAUCAACAAAGCCUGUUCAACUGUAAUAAUCUUGCUGCCUUUGGAGGAACAGCUGCGAGCUCACCAUUGCCAACUCUACUGGAUUGUAUACCUACAAGAAAGCGGGCUGGAAAGCUCCGUCCCGUUGCCGCUUCUCCCGGAUCCUGGGAUCGACUGCCAGCAAAAGCAGUACCAAUUCUUCUUCCUUGCCCUCGUUUCAAUGAGAAGACUUCUUAAUAGGAUUCACUCCCAUUUGUACAAUCAAGAGCGGCUUGUGACUCCAACUCCCUCCGUGGUCUGUGAACUCAACCGGCAGAUUGAGGAGUGGAAACAAUGUCUACCCUCUGCAUUUAAGUUCUCGGAUCUCACACUAUCGAAUGAAGUCCGAAUUGCUUUUCGAACCGACAAGCCCAGCAUGCAAGAGAGGCUUAAGGGUCACUUGAAGGCCCGUUAUCAUGCCGCCAAAACCAUACUCUAUCGACCUCAUGUUCACAAGGUGAUACACAGCUCUAGAAUAGAUGCCUCGGAUUACGAAGUAGAAUGUGCUAAAACUGCUAUUGCUUCGGCGCUGAUAGGAAUUCUUCACGGCGGGAUAAUGCACGAGCCUUCCCAGGUUCUCCUGUUUCCCAUUAACUCCUGGAGAACGCUAUUUGCAAUAAGGAUUCAGAUACAAACAAUUCAGAGAACGCAGGUUUCGGGAUUAGCAGCGGCCUUGCUGCCAGAUGGCUGGGAAGUAAUUGACGAGUCCAGGCAGUCAUUGUGGACGCGGCGUCUCCUUUGUCACCGACAAUCACCAGGGAUUACGAGAUUAUUCAGAGUCUCGUAG